AUGCAGUAUUUGCGUGGCUUUACGCCGCGUUUGCUUCCCCGGAGCUCCGCCGUACCUCCGCUACCCCUCAGUUAUCGCGUGACUUCCGCAGUACACCGACUGCCCAGACUUCGUUCUUCAUUCUCCCACUCACACAGCUUGCGACAAUCAGUCAUGAUGGAUGCCAGCGUCAAGCAACACUAUUUGGCUGACUCCCCGCCUAGCGUGGUGCGGCUGGAGAUCAAGUCGCACUUUGAUACUUUGAAAGAUGAGAGUCUUCGCCGAUAUGCCCAUUACAUGAGCAGAGCCGCCUUCGAAGGUACUCGUGUGACUUUGCGCCAGGUUUCACCCGAGUCAGAGCCCAUCUACGAUUUGAUUCUUGCUCUCCAUGCGGCUUGCAAUGGAGACUGGAAGAGCCUGGCUCAAAAGACUCAGGUCAGCGAUGAAGACCUCCGCUAUUUCCUCGAAUAUGCCGCACAAUUCUUAGGCAACUGUGGCAACUACAAGGGCUUUGGUGAUUCCAAGUUCAUCCCCCGGAUUUCAGCAUCAGCGCUCGAAGCUCUGUGCUCCAGCGCCUCAGAAACCAAGGAAGCUUUCAAAAAGGCCAACAGUACCGGUGGCGGCAUCUACGAGACCAGCGAACAGUCCUUGAUGCACCUAGGUUACCCAGCGGACGGGCACAUGACCACUUACUACCCAGACUCGCCUACCAUCACCAAGGACGAAAUCACCGCUAUUGGAGAUUUGAUGGAGAAGAAGGGACUUGCCUUGGAAAAUACGAGAAUUCGCAAGACCUCAUCGGGCGAUUUCGAGCUUUUGGUCGCUUCGGGAGUUGCCAACCCUCCUGCGAGGGAUCGUGAUCUCGGCGAAACGGAUACUUUUGAGAUGGAUGGUGCUCUGAAGGGCAAGACACUCCGCUUGGUCUUUGGAGACUAUCAAGAGCAAAUGGCCAAGAUUGCACACAGCAUCAAGUUGGCCGAGAAGAAUGCCGCAAACGAGAACCAGAAGAAGAUGCUUGAUGCCUAUGCGCUCUCAUUCGGUGCUGGCUCUAUCGAAGCUUUCAAGGAGAGUCAGCGCGUUUGGGUUAAGGACCAAAAACCUGCUUUGGAGACAAAUCUUGGAUUUGUCGAGACCUACCGUGAUCCCCAUGGUGUUCGUGGAGAGUGGGAAGGUUUUGUUGCUCUGGUGAAUCUGGAGCGCACUCGCGCGUUUGGCGCUUUGGUGGACAGCGCUGAAAGCAUGAUCCCCAAGCUUCCCUGGGGUAAGGACUUUGAGAAAGACAAGUUCCUCAGCCCUGACUUUACCUCCUUGGAAGUGUUGAGCUUCGCUUGCUCAGGCUUGCCUGCUGGUAUUAAUCUGCCAAACUACGACGAUAUCCGCCAGAAUCUGGGCUUCAAGAACGUCUCCCUCGGCAACGUUCUCAGCGCCAAGGCGCCCAAUGAGCCUAUUCCAUUCAUUGCCGAGAAGGACCAGGAAGUCUUCCGUCGCUGCCGUGAUCCGGCGUUCGAAGUUCAGGUCGGUAUCCAUGAGCUUCUCGGACACGGUACCGGCAAACUGCUGCAAGAGACCGCGCCAGGCCAGUACAACUUUGACAUCUCGAACCCGCCCGUCAGCCCGGUCACCGGUAAGCCUGUCUCGACCUGGUACAAGCCCGGUCAGACAUGGAGCUCGGUGUUCGGCGCAAUUGCCUCCUCCUAUGAGGAAUGUCGCGCCGAGUGCGUUGCCAUGGUCUUGGGCUGCGACUUCGAGAUUCUCAAAAUCUUUGGCUUUGGCGACGGCAAGGAGGACAUGGCCGGCGAGGCUGGCGAUGUCCUCUACGCAGCUUAUCUCCAGAUGGCUCGCGCUGGUCUUGUUGCUCUCGAAUUCUGGGACCCCAAGACCCAGAAGUGGGGACAGGCUCACAUGCAGGCUCGCUACAGCAUUCUGCGUACAUUCCUCGAUGCAGGCGACGACUUUGUGAAGCUGUCUUAUACCAAGGAAGACUUGUCUGAUCUAGAGAUUCACCUCGAUCGCUCCAAGAUCCUGAGCCACGGUCGGCCUGCCGUUGCCAAGUACUUGCAGAAGCUGCACGUCUACAAGAGUACUGCUGAUAUUGAGGCCGGUAAGGGCAUGUAUGAUCAGAUCACUUCCGUCGAUAAGUGGUGGGGUUCGCAGGUGCGGGAGGUUGUUCUUAAGAACAAGGUUCCUCGCAAGGUGUUUGUGCAGGCCAACACUGUUUUGGAUGGAGACAAGGUCACUUUGAAGGAGUAUGAGCCGACCUUGGAGGGCAUGAUCCAGUCUUUCGUGGAUCGAAAUGUGUAA